UCGCUGCGAGCCGCCGUGUUAUCGUUUUGAGCGUCGUUCCGUUCCGUGCAAUUUGCGAAAAAGUGUCGGAAAAUUAAGGAAAAAUAUGCUAUCUCCAAGUGCCAACUUGUGAGGGUAUAGAACUAAUCCAAAUACCAGUGGUUUUUCCGCAUAGCCGGCGUUUUUCCAUUGGCCGUAACAAGAAAACUCUUUUUUUUCCCCUUGUGUACGUGUGUGCGCCGUGUGCUACUGUGCGUGUGUGUUAGUGUGCUGGUGUGAGCGCGUGUGUGUAUGUAAAGAAAACGCCGCACACUGCGAAAAUUUUCCUUUCCCCAACGGUCUAAUAUAACCGCUAAAAUUGUGGAAAAACAGGAGAAAACCCCGAAGCGGAAGAAGAAGACUGCAGCCAGUAAAAUGUCUGCAGUUUAUUCGCCGCAACCGCCGCAGCAGCAGCAGCCGCAACAGCAGCAGCAACUGCAGCAGCAGCAGCAGUUGCAGCAGCCUCCCCCACAACAACAACAGCAGCAGCAGCAACAACAGCCGCCCCCUAAUUCCGCCCCCAAUCAACAGCCUCCAGGAUCAGGAGUGGGUCCCGGCGGAGGGGGAGGCGGCGGCGGAAUCCUGCCGAUGGGAAUGCAGCAGCAGCAGCAACAACAACGACCGCCCAUGGGCGUGCCGGGAUCGCCGGGCAGCAUCAUCUCGGGCGGCGGCGUAGGCGGAGGAGGAAUCGGCGGCGGGGGCGGACUAAUGGUCACCCCACCGUCCACACCACGCGGUGGCUCCAAUCUGCAAGGAGGCGGCGGCGGAGGGGGCGUGCCACCGCAAGUCAACUCCGCGCAGAUACAAAAGAUGCUCGACGAGAACUGCGGCCUCAUCCAAACGAUCCAGGACUUCCAGAGCAUGGGCAAGGCGCAAGAGUGCAUGUCCUACCAUGUCGCCCUGCACCGCAAUCUGGUCUAUCUCGCCCAGCUGGCAGAUCCCGCCAUGAACAUCUCACAAAUACUGCCGCCGCCGCACAUCCUCCAAACGCAGGCGAUGCAGCAGGGCGGCCAGCAGACGCCACCGACCGGGCCGCACGGGAUGCUGGGCGGUCCGCCGCAGCAGCAGCAGGUGGGACAGGGACCGGUGCCGGGUCAGCCAGGUCAGGGUCCGCCGCAGAUGGGCAUGCAGCAGCACGGCGGCGAUCCCCAGGGACCGCCUGUCCAGAUGCCGCCCUACGGCGCCCAGCAGCAACAGCAGCCGCAGCCACAUCCAGGCCUGCCGCCGGGAGCCCAACAGCAAUCUCAACAGCAGCAGCAACAGCAACAACAACAACAGCAGGCGGCGGCUGCAGCAGCGGCGGCAGCGGCCGUGGCCGCCGGCCAACAACAAGGGCCGCAGGUCAGCCAAGCGGGUCCGCAGUCCCAGCAGCAGCAGCAGCAUCCCGUCUACCGCAACGCCCAGGGCCAGGGUCAACCGGGUCCUGGCCAGGGACCUGGUCAGGGUCAGGGACCCGGUCAGUCCGUCAUCAAUCCGAAUGCAGCGCCCAAUCAACAGCGUCCCAACAACGGACCCCUGCCCGGACCCCAGAAUCCCCAGCAGCAGCAACCGCAGCCCGGAGGCCAACAGCCGCCCAACCAGCAGCAGCAGGGCGGACCCGGCGGGCCAGGACCCCAGCCGGGAGCCGGAGGACCCGGUGUCCCGCCGCCGCAGAGUCCGUACCGCGUCAGCUACCAGCAGCAACAGCAGCAGCAUGGCCACUACCCGGGCUAUCCGCCACAGCCGCAGACGCAGUACCAGCCGCAGGGCGCCUAUCCCUACGGCCCGCCAACCCAGGGCUACGGCCCACCGCCGCCGGGGCCCCCGAACGCGGCCCAAGGUGGCUACCAUCACGGUCCAGCCGGUGCGGCGGCGGGAGCCAGCGGGCACGGCUACCAGCCAAAUGCCGGAGCCGGACAGGGACCGCCGCCGGGAGCCUAUCCGCCGCCACCCGGCAGCCAGCAGGUUCCUCCGGUGCCGGGACAACAGCAACCGCCGCCGGGACCACCGCCACCCGGACAAAUGUACGGUCCACCGCCGACCGGAGGGCAGCAACCGCCGCCGGGACCGCCGCAGAGUCAAUACGGUCCGCCGCCGCCCCAGAAUUCCGCCGGAGGACCGCCCCCAAUGGGCUAUGCGGGCUAUCCGCCAAAUCCCGGACAGUAUGGUCAGGCGGGAGCGGGAGGAGGACCACCGCCCGGUGGCUAUGGACCACCACCGCCGCCCACGGGCAGUGGCCAGAGUCCCUAUCAGGCCUACCAGCAGCACCAGGCUGCCGGUGGCGGAGGAGCGGGCGCACCGCCGGGCAGUAGCUACCCGGGUGGACCGCCCACCAGCGGAGCAGCACCACCACCACCGCCGGGCGGUGCCUACAGCACCACGGCGCCGAGUCAGACGCCACCGCCACAAGGAGGAGGCGGAGCAGGUGGUGGCAACACCAAUCCCAAUGGGCCCAACGCACAGCAAUCGACGCCGCCGCCGCAGGGAGGAGCUGGCGGUGGAGCAGGGCCCAGCGGACCCGGCGGAGCUGGCCAACAGUAUGCUGGGCCACCGCAGCAACAGCAGCAGCAACAACAGCCACCGGGCGUCGUGGUUUCCGGUGUGGCGCCGCUGCCGACGCAGGUCCAGCCCACAUACUCGACUCCGGGCAAUUACAAUCAACAACCCGGUGCUCCGCCGCCGCCCAAUCAGCAGCAACAACAGCAGCAGCAGCAGGCACCGCCGUCGGCUGGAGGAUCCGCAGGCGGAGGAGGAGCACCCAAUGCCCAGGGUAGCCAGCAACCGCCUCCGAAUGGCGCCACACCGCCGAUGCCACCGAAUCAAUACCAACCGGCGCCGGGAGCACCACAAGGUCCCUAUGGAGGACCGCCACCACCACAAGCCUACGGACCACCGCCACCGGGAAGCGCCUAUCCCGGACACGCUUACCAUCAACCACCCCAGGCCGGUGGCUAUGCACAAUAUCCGCCCACGCAGGGCUACCAGGGCUAUAGGCCCGCCGGGGCACAGAUGCCGCCGCCAGGAGCACCACAGGGGCCACCACCCACCGGCGCAUACGGUUACUACAGCCAACAACCGCCUCAAUGAGGAAGGGACAGCCUAUUACCGCCGCUGCCACCUGGCUGUCUCCACAACAAGUAAUUCCCCGCUGGAAUUCGCUGGUUAAGGCUGGACAGGGUUCACUGGCUGACCACCAGCGGUUGUCGUGGAGGACAAGGAAAUCCGAAGAGGAUCGGCCAGUUGGAGGAGGAUGUGCAGCGGGAUAGCAGCGGUAAUAGCACAACUAGAUGAGGACGUGGACGAGAAGGAGGAGGAGGAGGAGCGGGAAAUGGUCAGAUAAAAAAGAUUAAGAUAAAUUAGGCAUAUGAUUUAGAAUUGUAUCAGAUAAAGGCGCAGGGGGAGGAGUACGAUUAGAGCUAAGAGUAGAAACCGGAACAGAAGAAGUAGGAGUAGGAUUACGAAUAGGAGAAAGAGAGGAGUAAGCAUAAGACUAAAAGUAGAAGAAAGUACGGCAGAAAAGUAUAGAUGAAGGAUUGAGAUGAAAAUUCAGGGUUCCCAAAAAAAAGCAACAAUUUCCUCGAAUUUCGGUUGAGCUGACAUCUUGUCCAAAGGAAAACUGGUUUAACGUAAUACAAAAUUUAACAGUUUUUGUGAUACAAAACUGGUGGAUAGGUAGCUCCUAAAAUCAGUAAGAGCAUACAAAAAAUCGAACCGAAACAGAAGAACUAGAAAAGAAGAACACGAAGUGUAGUCCGUCAAAACAAAGGCGAUUUAGGAUUAAGUAAGCAGAUUAAAAUGUGCAAGCGAACAAGAAACCGUGUCCUAGGCCCAAAAAACCAGACAAAAUGGGUGGGUCGAUUUUUAGGGAACGCAAAACAAGAAAAUGGUUGGGUUCGGUUAUGAAAGUGUCAGUUUCCAUGUAUUGUAAAGCGCUUAAAGCGAAUCUGCAACAAAACUAGAGGAAAGCCUAAAUUGUGCGCAGUUUUUUAAAAAUAACUUUGUGUUUUUUUACGUCAUAUGAUAUUUUAUUUUUAUACACCUUUAGAUUUUUAAUGAACUGUGUAGCCUCCAGACAAUUGUGAACGAUUUUGGCAUCAGAGCUAAUGGUUCUAUAUCUUAAAUACUUUAAGGGUUUUCAUAGAACUACCCAAGUUUCUACUACUUAUAAUAGUUCAUUGAUUAACCUGCCCUUUUUCCAGUUUUUACUUAUCCAUACCAAUCGACUCAUCCUAUAAUAUAUUUAAUAAUUCAUUCUCGUAAGUAGGUUCCGCUCCUCUUUAAAAAACGAUUAUUCUAAACGAUUUAUUCAUUAAUAUAUAUAUAUAUACUUAAGUGUAUGAAGCAGGACGAUGGAGCAGCAAAAUAGUGCAUGUUUUAACAUAAAUAACCCACUAACUAUUUAAAAUAUUUUUUUUUGUGUUCUUGUAGAUGUCUGUUUUUAAAGUUCAUGCUUUUUUUGUGUAGCAAUUUUUUAUUAUCCUCGCUCCCUGUUUUCUUCCAAUACUUUUUUUUGAGGAGAAAUAUUGUAAUUUGUAAAAUCCACACAUAUUUAUACGAUAAGCUUACAUUUACUAUUUAAAGUAAAACUAAAAACUAUAAAUAGCAAGAUAAAAUCAUGAAUAAACCUUACAUUUUAAAUAAUUCAAGAAGCAAAAAUAAUCUAUACAGAAAGCUUGGGAACAUUUUGGAAAUUAUUAAAACUUCGACCAAAAGGAUAACGAGCGGAGUACAGUUAGCACUCUCCAUACAGAUAAAAAUAAUGUCAAUAAACCUAACACAUCCUUGAAUAUUAUAAUUAACUUGGAACUAUUUGAUAUGUAAACUGAAAAACUUAUUAGUAGGUACUGUUAACAAUUAUUAAAAUUCUUUGCUUGCGCUUUAGAAUUCCAAAUUGAUAUCUAAAUUAUUUAUUAAAUAAAGAAAUUAUUUAAGGUUAGCUAAAAUGUAACCGUAAGAGAUGGAAAUUAUAUUGGAAACCGUUUUUGGGACCUUCCUAGAAAUGUAAAAUUUAAAAAGAUAUUUCCGCAAGUUCCACUAGACAUAAGAUAUUUCUCGCUCUUAUUGAGAGCCUGGCUACUUCUGCGCUGCUCUAAUCCGAUCUGAUAUAAUCUGAUUCGAUAUACCGAUUAUUUCAUGAUCCACAUCGAGACAUUUAGAUAUACAUAUGUGUAUCAAAUAGCAUUUAGAAAUUUCUAUUUUCAAAAUGCAAAAUAAAAAAUUGAAAAAGUU